CUUCCCGGCCCCCCCGGACACCUGGGUCCCUCCCGAGCGGGCUUGUGUGCACGGGGGCGAGUCCCCCUCUGCAACCCUCUGAGCGCAGGAGGAGAAACAACCGCAGAAGCAGGAAAUCGGGGGCUGCCGGGGGUGGGGAUCGGAGCCCCAAAUCCCCCCCUCCCCAGCUGAGCCAGGUCCGGGGCCGCAGGAGAGCACCGGAGCGGUGUUUUCAGUCUGGGGGGGGGGGGGGAAGCAAUGGCGCUGGCUGGAGAUGGGAAAAUUGUGACUGAUGCUGGUGCAGCGAAGGCAGACGGGCCCAAUGGGCAUUUCUGCUCUGCCUGCGGAAAGACGCUCCAUGGGGUAUGGUAUGUAGGGCUGCCAGGGGUCCCGCUUUGUCCAGUCGAAAAAGGGACCGGACCCUCAACGUCCGGUUAUCGGUGUAACCGCAAUCAGCCUCUCCGGGCAGAGAGGGCCAGAGCAGCAGCGGCUGCCCCCGGGAGGAGCUGCUAAUGGAAAGAAGUGGUUCCAGCCUCCAGCAGAGUGAGUGCGCAACCACAAGCAGUGGGGAGCAACUGGCCUUUAAAGAGCUAAGUGCCUAGCCAGCAGGCAUCAGCGGUCAGCUACGUAGUUAGCGUCACAGCAUCCACAGUCGAUGCUCUUUUAUCUGGCGUCUAAACUGUGCUGCAGUCAGACUAGUGCGAGGCGAAAUGGCAACACCUGAAAAGAGAAAGAUUCAAAGGUUGUGCUCUUUUAAAGACAAGUGGUUGCAACUCCCAGCGUAUCGGAAUUGGCUUAUGAAGGCAAGUGAAGACUCGGGAUAUUGUUCUAUUUGUCGUGUUCAAUUCACGGUUAAGUUUGAUUCUGUAAAAGCUAUCAAGCAUCAUGCGGAGACACCGGGUCACAAAAUCAAAGUACGAGCACAGGUACGGUCUAGUACUAUUGAUCAAUUCUUCGUAAAGGCUGAUACCUCUGAAGAACAACACAUGUGCACAGCUGAAUUGCUUUUAACAUAUCAUGGAGUUAAACACCAGCACAGCUACCGUUCUCAAGAUUGUGGAAGUACGUUGUACCGCUCCAUUUUCACUGAUUCCAAGAUAGCUUCCAAAAUUCACUGCGGAAGGACAAAAGUGGAGGCUUUGAUUGAGAAUGUGUUAGCCCCCCAUUCAUUGAAAAUGGUCGUGCAAGACAUUGGAUCAACACCGUUCUCAAUAGCAAUGGAUGCUUCUAAUAAAGGGAACCCAAAAUUAUUCCCAGUUGCCGUCCGCUACUUUAAUAAAGAUAAGGGAAGCUGCAUGUGUAUCAUAGACUUUUUCGAGGAUGCCGACGAAACAUCAGAGGCAAUUGCAAACAACUUAAAAAGUUGUCUUCAAAAUGCUGGUCUGAUACAUAAUAAAAUCGUGGCGUAUGGAGCAGACCAUGCAUCUGUUAAUUUUGGAAAACACAAGUCUGUUUUUGUGCACCUAAAACAGAUGUUGGAUUUACCAAACCUUGUGCCGGGCCAUUGCAGCGCUCACAUAGUACACAAUACAGCGAAACAUGGCUUGAAAAUGCUUUCUUAUGAUGUAGAGCACUUGGUCAUCAACGUUUUCAGUGAAUUCUCGUCUAGUGAAAAGAAUAUUAGUGAACUUAAAGAGUUCUUUGACUUCAUGGAGACAGAAUAUUCAGACAUCUUACCCCACAUAUCCACACGUUUUCUGACCCUUUUCACGGCUGUAGACAGGUUACUGAAGAGUUGGCCAGCACUCAAAUCUUACUUUGUGAGCAAAGGAGAGGAAAAUGUGUGCUGUGCAAUAUGGGCCUUCCUUUCUGAGCGAGAGCAUGCAGUGUCCGACGAUGAAACUCUUACGCUUCCUGAGCUGUACAUCUAUUUUGUGCACAACAUUAUGAGCCAACUUAACAACACCAUGAAGGUUCUUGAGAGUGAUUACGUUCAGGCAAGUGAACUGUAUACUACAUUCAAGGAGCUGAGGAGAGAGAUUCAGAAUCGACAAGAGAAAGGAUUCUAUGGGUACAGGGUGACACAGUUCUUGAAGAAACUACCGCCUAACCAGCAGAAUACGUUUGUUGGAGAUGCCCAACGGGCUUACACACGCAUGGUACAGUACCUGGAAAAGUGGUUUGAUUUCAGUGAAAACUCAUUCUAUAAGUUGUGUGCACCACUCAGUCUGGAGAGACCUCUUGACCUAGACGAACUGUGUGCUUUGACUACAAACUUCGACAUUCAAGUGGACGGAGAUGAACUAUUUACAGAAAUGUGUACGCUGAAUGAUGUGCUACCGACCCUAAAGAGUUCGACAAAUGAUGCUGAAUCGACACUGCGUCGGCAGCAACAAGAGCACCACAAUGUCUCUGAGGUGUGGGUAGAAUUCUUUAAGCGCUACGAGGCCCCGAACUUACUUAAAAUUGUGCAGCAUGUGCUUGCUAUACCACCCAGCAAUACAUUUGUGGAACGCAUUUUCAGUGUUAUGAAGAACUUGCGGACUGAUGAAAGGAAUCGGCUCCAAGUGGACAUGGCAAAAGCUGAGCUGUUCGUGCACUUCAACUAUCAAAUGACAUGUGCCGAGUUUGCUGGAUUUUUGAAGACGGGGGCGGCUAAGGCGCUUGUGGCAGCAGCAAGAACAUAUCAGAAAUCCCAACCGCUGUCCCCUGAUUGGGCAGACAGGCAGGAUUCAUGUGAGCUGCUCCCAGCCCAGCUCUGCGGGUGGCAGGAGAGGAGCAAGUAG